AUGCGCCCGGACAACUUUGGCAUCAAGGCCAGUAUCAUGGUCCCCCUAGGCAAGCCUGAGGAGAAGAUCGACGCUGGUGCAGUGAUAUGACUUUGCGAAGUGUUUGAAAAAAUCUUUCGGAAUUCUCCAGACCCCAGAGUUCACAAAAAAGAGAAACGGCCGUCGUGGGCCUCGAGGAAAGCGAAAUAGUACACGAAUACGCCGCCCAGAGCAGCAAAUGGGUUCCGGAUUACAGACUUUUUCGGGUUGCAAAGGAAAUUGACCAGUGAGUCGUUUUUUCUUCUUCCUAAUUUUAGUGAGACAAACUGAAACCGAGAAACUUUCUUUAAAUCUUUUCUUCUUUCCAAUUCCGAUUGGGGGAGGUUUUUCUAGGCUUAGAUCUUUAUGAAGUCGGCGGAAUUUUUUCGAGAAAGGGCGCCAACUGCAAUGAUUCUCACAGAGUUUUCCAGUUAGAGGCAAUCAGAAGACGAAAAUUUUUCUUUUUCGGAAUUCUGAAAAAAGAGAGCCUUCUGAAACCUGCAUAGAAACAAGGAACUUUUUUCAAUAUUCAGUUUCUGUGAAACCUUGAAAAUCUUUUUUCCACGCGCAUGAGCCCGUGGGGAACUAGAUAACUCCAGGACGUCGACCGUUACAGAGCCUACAGAAAGGUGGAACGAGGGUCGUGGGUCUUAGAAAAAUGAAAAAGUUCCCGAGUACCGACCCGAACAGCUUCCGCUUCGUAGGAGUAAGGAUUUUAUCGAGUUGUGUAUGAUAAGAGACAUUUCUCAGCUCUCUUACACGCUUGGCCUUCUUGAGAAGAAAAGCGGAUUCGUGUUCGCUCAACCAACAAAUCCGGAGAAGAGCAGGCAGGCGAAAGCCAAAAGCCGAGGCCACGUGUAGAUCUCUUCUGCACCAUGGAGGUCGGCUUUUAUUGUGUGUGAGACUGUGGAAGUCAGUUUCAACUUCAAUCUUCAACUUUAAAUAUUGAGCUGAAUUUUAGGCGAAGCCUUAAAAAUUGUUGUGAAUUGCUCACGUAUUUUCAGUGAGCAACUUUUUUGGAGCGUUUUUUUCCUGCUUGAAGAGGACAGUCAUUGCUCAGUAAAAUAUUUUAAUAACCUUCAAAAAAAUAAAAAAAUAUUCUUUUUUUAAAAAUAAAAAAAGUCGACGACUUAUUUGUUUUAGUUUCUUGUUUCCAGUAUCUUUUUUUUCGAAGAAAACAUAGGUGAUUAUUCAAUUUUCAUCAUCAAUAAACGAAGAGUCAUUUAUUCUAACAAAAGCAAAUUGAUGUUACAAUUUUGUCACAGGUGCAAAAUUUUCGGAAGUCUCGCCGAUAAGAUCCGCCAGGAAAUCGAGGCGACUGGCAUCAGUGCGGAUCUCGAGGAAAAUUCACAUUCUCUUUUUCGAGAAAACCUAGAGGAGACGUCAAAAAAUAUUUUUGGUUUUGUACUUCGGAGCUGGUCAAGAUCAACUUGUCUCUCGUAAGUAAAAAUAAAAAAGCUGAGAAAAACUUUUGCGAUUUAGGCGUAGCAAAGAGGCUGAAGAUUUUUCAAAACAUCCAAGUUUAUUCGCUUGCAAAUUGGAUCGGGCGGACACAUUUGACGCAUCGGUUUCUUCAUUUUUUCUCGAAUUCGUUCCUAAAUUCAGAAAUUGCAGAGGGAACUACUACGAAACCUGAACAUAGCAUGCGCCCGGGCAACUUUGGCAUCAAGGCCAGUAUCAUGGCCCCCUUGGCAAGCCCGAGAAGAAGAUCGACGCUGGUGCAGUGAUAUGACUUUGCGAAGUGUUUGAAAAAAUCUUCCAAAAGUUAAUCUUUCGAAAUUUUUCAAGGCCAAGAUCCUACAGAAAAGAGAAACGUUAGUUGUGGACUUUGUAGAAGGCCUACAAGUCCACGAGUAUCGACUACAGCAGCUUCCGCCAAUGUAUAAGUGAGAUUCUUAUCAAGUUGUGUAAUCUGAAAAGAAAAUUUCAGUUCUCCCAAAUGCUUGGGAAUUUGGAGAAGAUAUGCGACUCGGCCGACGGAUAAGAAAAACAACGACAAAGCCGAAAAAUGA